AUGGAUACCGAUUCGGUUCACGAAGAUAAUGUUUCUCUUGACGAUGUUGGAACUCGUGAUCCGGAUGUCGAAUCAAGUAAACUUGACAUAGUUGUAGAGGCAUCUUCUAAUGGAGACAUAAGUAGAGAAUUAGAAACUGCAGGCAGGAUUCUGACAAGAGUUGAAUUAGAUUUGGCUUGUGUUGCAGAGAAGUUGGUUAACUUAAGUGUGCUUAUGAUGCACGUGGCAACCAAGGAAACUGAUAUUGAAGCCUUUGCCUCAUCUAAUGAGGUGUUGGCUGAUUCAGUAGAGAAAGCUUUGGAAUUCAAUUUCUUGUCCGGGAUUUUGGUUGCUGAGGCAAUGGAAUUGGAUAAGUUCAUGACAGCUAUACAAACAGAUAUUGUUGAGGUUGGUGAAAUAAUAUCAUCAAAUGGACCAGGGAAAACUUUCAUGGCAAUGAAAGAAAAACUGCAUGAUUCUCAAGAAUCAUUGAAGCAGUCACAAGAUCAAGUCUCAGAAAUUAGGGCACAAUCUGCUAAGUUUCAGAGGAUACUGUCAUGUCUGCAUGGAGAAGAAAAUUGGAAUGCUGACAAGGGAUCAAACUUCUUAGAAGAUGACCAACUGUCAAGCAUGAGUUCAAAGAUCAACAUGAAAACUGCAGAACAACAAAGGCAUUUCUUGAGGAUGCUGGAGAAGUCUUUGGCAAGAGAGAUGGACCUUGAAAAGAACCUAACUGAAUCAAGACAACUUGAAGAAGAGCUGAAAGAUAGAGUACUCUCUAUGGAGCAAGAAGUACUCUUCAUGGAGGAAGAAAUGAUGGAUAUUUGUGAAAAAUGGUUUGGAUCAGAAAAUGCUGCUGAGGUUUUGAUGGGAAUUUCAAAAGAACUACUGGGUCGGCUCCAAUUAUUCCAUUUAAAUUUGAACGGUUCUAUUCAGAGAGAAGCUGAGUUAAGAUCAAAGCUUGAAAAUUCUAUUGAGCAGCAGGAAGCCAAAGAAAUUGCUUUGCAAAAGUUAGAUAGCAGCAAUACAAAACUCAGUCUGCUUGUAGCACAGACUGAUAGCUUAAAAACAAGCUUGUCAGAAGCUGAAAAUAAUUUAGUCCUUGCUAAUUCUGAGGCCUUCACUUUGAGGGAGAAAGUGACUUCACUUGAAAACCAGCUGAGAGAAUCUGAAUUUCAGCUGUCGAGUGCAAAGGUAUCUGUGGAUGGAACUCAGGAGCAGCAUGAUGCUUCGCUUUCUGAAAUCAAAGGAAUGGAAAAUGUAAUUGAUGACGUGAAAGAAAAACUAUCUAAAGCAGAAAGUAGGGCAGACAAUGCAGAAGCCAAGUUAAACUUAUUGGAAGAGACUAAUACGAAACUUAAUGAGGAGUUGGGUCAUCUUAAAGACACUUCUGAGAAGGUUGAUUCAUUGGAGAGACAGAUGAGGGAAUCCGAUUUUAUGCUCCAACAUGCAGUGGCAUCUGCUGAAGCCAGUCAGGAGAAGCAAAGUAUGUUGCAUGCUACAAUUAGAGAUAUGGAAAAUUUAAUUGAGGGCUUGAAGUCAAACGUUUCGAAAGCUGAAAGCCGGGCAGACAGUGUGGAGGAUAAGUGCAUCAUAUUAUCUGAAACUAAUGCAGAUCUAAAUGAAGAAUUGAGUUUCUUAAGGGGUCGACUUGAAUGCUUGGAGGCUUCUUUGAAUCGAGCAGAGGAAACAAAAAUGGCAACCGCAAAAGAUAUCUGCUUUCAGACUAAAGUAAUAACAGAUUUGGUGAUGCAGCUCGCCAUUGAAAGAGAGCGCCUUCAUAAACAGAUAGCAUCAUUAGCACUGCAGAAUCAAACUCUGGUGGUGAAGUUACAGAAGACAAGUAAAGAUGCCUUUGUAGAUAUCAAGUAUCAUAACAAAGGAAGUGGUGAAAAGUUCUUGUCCCCUGACCAUGAUGCAACCAAAUUCUCAGCUACUAUUUCUGAGUUGGACGAGGCCCAGAAAAAUGGACCUGCUAGUGAAACUAAAGUGGCACCUGCAGAUUCCAUAUCCGAGCUUGAGACCGUGAGAAGAAUAGAUGCAGGACUGCUAAACUUUAAGCAUGUUUUCAUGGUGAUGUUUAUAUUAUUGAUUUCAGCAAUAGUUUACUGGUGUCAGCCACAGAGGCUUCCAUUAUGGUGA